AUGGUCUCCUCCCCAAUGGCAAAGCUAAUUAUUGUGGCUGCUCUUUCCUGCCUAACUUUUGCCUGUGUUUCCCAGAAGAGAUACUGUGUUGGACAAGGAGGACACCUGGCCUCAGUGCACGGCCAAGUGGAAUAUACAUUUCUCCAGAAGCUCACUAAGACCACCCGUCCAUUCUGGAUAGGACUGACAGACUGUCAGAGGGAGGGUUACUGGAUUUGGUCAGAUGGAUCUAAACUGGACUUUAACUACUGGAAUAUUUGGGAACCCAACAAUUUGAAUAGAAACGAAGACUGUGUGCAUGCAAACUGGCCUGGUCUGGAUGCAAUGGCCAGGUCCACCGCAGUACAGGCAGAGGUUCCCUCUCACACGUCUCGCCCGUUCCAGGUUGGUGAGGUGAGUGGACCCCACCUGCAUGGGUUCCGAUUCGGGCUGGGGUGGCUCUCGGGAGACCUGGUGCCGAGGUGGGAGGUGUUGAUUAGGCAGUGGGACAUCGGGUUCCCGGAAUUGCCUUGUUGCACGCCGUUCGCUCAACCUGGUGUCCACCCGGACGGCUAG